GCUGAAAAUCUUUGUCCUCUCUCAGUCUCCAAUGUCCAGUCAAGAAAUGGCUCUCGCGACGGCGACUCCACUGGUUCACAACGGUCAAGUCGUCACUGAGGUCAACAUGUCCGCCGGGGACACCGUUCGCGCUACCGUCGUUCAGGCGUCCACCGUCUUCUACGACACUCCGGCGACUCUAGAUAAGGCGGAGCGAUUGCUCGCGGAGGCGGCGGGUUACGGAUCGCAGCUCGUGGUCUUCCCGGAGGCGUUCAUCGGCGGCUACCCUCGCGGCGCCAGUUUCGACUUGGCGAUUGGAAGUCGUACGGCCAAAGGAAGGGAUGAUUACAGGAAGUAUCAUGCGUCUGCCGUUGACGUGCCUGGUCCUGAAGUGGAUAGAUUGGCUGCAAUGGCCAGGAAGUACAAAGUGUUCAUGGUGAUGGGUGUCAUAGAGAGGGAAGGGUAUACGCUAUAUUGCACAGUCCUUUUCUUUGAUUCCCAAGGUCAGUUCUUGGGUAAGCACCGGAAACUCAUGCCUACGGCUUUGGAACGUUGCAUCUGGGGGUUUGGCGAUGGAUCGACUAUCCCUGUUUUCGAGACUUCCAUUGGGAAAAUUGGUGCAGCUAUUUGUUGGGAAAAUAGAAUGCCAUUGUUAAGAACCGCAAUGUAUGGCAAAGGCAUUGAAAUAUAUUGUGCGCCUACUGCUGAUGCAAGGGAAACUUGGCAAGCAUCAAUGACUCACAUUGCUCUUGAGGGUGGAUGUUUCGUGUUGUCAGCCAAUCAGUUCUGCCGCCGGAAAGAUUACCCACCGCCACCAGAGUACGUGUUUUCUGGCGGCGAAGAUAAUCUGACUCCAGAUUCUGUUGUCUGUGCCGGUGGCAGCGUUAUCAUUUCACCGUUGGGGAACGUUCUAGCCGGUCCCAACUAUGAUGGAGAGGCUCUAAUCUCAGCUGAUCUCGACCUCGGGGAGAUAGCACGGGCCAAGUUCGACUUUGAUGUGGUUGGGCAUUAUGCGAGGCCCGAAGUGCUUAGCUUGACGGUAAGGGAGCACCCGAGGAAGGCAGUUACCUUCGCGUCUAAGGCAGCGAAAACCGAAGAAGGGUCUGAGAAAAAGUUGUCAUCCUAAGGGAGUUUACGACAGUAUCCUUUUGUAACUGUAAGGAAAUAAUGUGUAAGAAAACAUGUAUUCACAAUAUUCAGAGAGAGUGGAUUGUUCUUAUGUUCUCUUCUGGUUGUGUUGUGUUGUGCUGUAUGUUCUUGGUUUCGUAAAUAAAAGAGGCUUGUUCUGUUUA